AUGUAAAGACAAGUUUUUAUCACCCAAGAAAGAAUGGUCGUUGAAAAAUUAGAAAAGUAUCCAGCUCCUAAUUCAGAUCCAAAUUUUGAUCACUGUAUUCAAGUUGUUAAAUAUUGAUCUAUAGCACGAUUUUAGGAAAUUGAAGCUGAAUUCAAAGCCUUACAAACUGAUCAAAGUGGAUGGAUAUCCUUAAAUGAAUUAGAAUUACAUCUCAAAAGAAAAGGUUGUGAUCAAUAAUUGAUCUAAGAAAUUUUCAAUGAACUCAAUACUAAUUAAACUUCAAAGAUAUCUAAACAUGAAUUCACACAUGGCUAUCUUAAUAAAGAAUCUAAACUCAAAGAAGAAAUUAAAUUUUAUGAAUUUAAAAUUAAAAAACUUUAAACUUAAGAAGAAGAUAUUAAAUCUAAACUCACUCAAACUAAUUGUUCUCAAAUUAUACUUACCCUUCAAUCAGGAUGUUUUAGUCCAUUUUAUCAUUCUUAAGAUGAUGUUACAAAAGCUGCUAAAUAAAUUGAAGUUAUCAUACAAUGCAAAGAGGCUUAGAAUGGUAUUGAAAGACUCAGUAAACCUAGUCUCAAUUGUGAAUUCCCUAUUUGGGGAGACAUCUUUUAUUAUUCUCUUCAAUAAAUUGUUCUAUAAACUACUUUUUCUAUUGAAUUAAUUGAAAUCCAUAAAUUAGAAAAACAAUCUCUAGGCAAAAUUGCUAUCCAAAAACACUUAAAUUCUGAAUUUGACAAACAAGAAAAAUGCAAUUUCGAAAAUGUUGGAGAAGUCAUUCUUUAAAUUCGAUAUAUUAAAGAUUGGGUAAGACUUAUUAUCUUAAAUAUAAUAGAAUGAAUAUGUAACAUUUUAAGUUUCUUUUUAUGAAAACUUUAUUAACUAAUAUUUAGAUGACAUUAAAUAAAUUAAGAAAAAAUUGUUUUUCAUGAAAUAAUUAUACUCUAAUAAUACUUCUAUAAAUUAUAAAAGUCCUAAAAAUAUUGAAUCCUAAUAAUAAUCUAUUCGCUUAUCAUAAAUUAAAGAAUCUACUUAAUAAAAUGUUAACUUUUAAACCCCUAUCUAUUUAACUAAUUAAAUAGUUUAAGACCAGAUAGCUAAAUAAUAAACCCAUUUGUCUAAUAGUAAAUUAUUUUGUUAGAAUUAAUUGGUUAUCAGUGAUCAACAAAAAUUAUAAUGUAAUCCAUAAACAUAGCAAUUCUCAUAAUAGUAAUAAGUUUUGGUUUAGCAAGAUAAAAACACAAAAUUCUAUGAUUUAUAAUUGAAAUAGGUUGAUUCCAUUUAGAUUGAUUACACAAUUUAAAAUAAUUAUAUUGAUGCAUUUAAUCUAUUUAAUCAUUAAAGAACAGAAUUUGAUGAUUUAAGUUUAAAUUUUAAUCAAAUUGCUAAUGCUGAAAGAUUUAAGAUUUUACUAGCUUUAAUUGGAUUAAUAACAUUUAAUAUAGUUUAUUCUAGAUGUGACUUUUUGGGUUUAAUGUUGAUUUUGUUGACAAUUCCUUAUCAACUAAAAAAAUGGAAUGUUUAAUAAGUUAAUUUUUUUACAUUCGGUAUGGGCAUUUCAAUAAUCAUGGAUAUUUACUGGUAAAAAUUUUAUUAUUAUUUAAUAAGGUUAUAUAAAUUUGCUCAUUGCUUUACUGAAUCUUACGAAUGCAAUAAUUAAUUUGGUUUUUUUUAAGCCAUAUAUUUCUUUUGUAUGCUCGCAAUGUUUGGAAAACUCUAUGUAAUUUAUAAAAUCCGUUCGUAUUAAUGA